UGCUGGUCCACAAAUCGUCAGCGUUGCUUCUUGAGGCAUUUUCUUACGGUCACAAUGAGGUAAACAAACCACCAACAAUGACGGCCUGUGCAGACCACUGCUCCAUCUUUGGCUUCUGCCCAAAUGAUGAGUCUCUGAUGGGACUGAGAGAAGUAAACCCCGUCCAGAAACACAGAGAAAACACUGAGGCUGUGACUGCCUUCAACACAGGGUUGGAAGACAAAUACCCUGAGGAUGACAGACAGCAGGAGCGCAGCCUGGUUAAAGAGGUAUCGGACAAGAUGGUCUGCUCAUCUUGCAGAUGCUCCUUCACUAACCGUGAGGAACAGAUGGAGCACUACAAGCUCGACUGGCAUCGCUUCAACUUGAGACAAAGGAUGGCUGGAACGCCACCGGUCACAGCGGAGGAGUUUGAGAAGAAAACCGGAGCUGGAGAUAUGUCAAGUAUCUCAGGUUCAGAGUCCGACUCAGAGGAGUCAGAUAGUGAUGAUGGGGGAACAAGCAGUAACGUCACCGGCACAGAUAAUGAGAGCUCAGUUGAAACCAGUUUAAUCAGUGGCCGGCCCUCCAGCAAGGUGUUUUUCCAGAACUCAGCAGGACAGUAUUUAUCAGUCUACCGCUGUAUUCUCCAGGGAAAGUCUGAUGGACAGCUGGAUGUGGGAUCCUCCCUAAAGGCCAUAAAUAAGGAGACUUCAUGGAUCAUUCUCAUGACAGGUGGUGGCCACUUUGCUGGUGCUGUUUUUCAAGGAAAAGAAGUCCUUCAGCACAAGACUUUUCACCGUUACACUGUACGUGCAAAGCGAGGGACUGCUCAAGGACUCCGGGAUUCUCAAAACCGCAGUCACGCACCAAAAUCUGCAGGAGCUGCUCUGAGACGUCACAAUGAGGCAGCACUAGUCAAGGAAAUUCAGGAUCUUCUGUUAAGUUGGGCCGAACACUUGAAAAAGGCCUCUGUGAUAUUUGUACGAGCCCCAAGCUACAAUAAAACCAUCUUUUUUGGUGGUCGUGGGGCUCCACUGGACAAAAAAGACCCCACAAUCCGUACAAUUCCCUUUGCCACACGCAGGGCGACCUUCCGAGAGGUACGACGGGUACAUGAGGUGCUUUCCACUGUUCAGAUUUAUGGGAAAGACACAGACAUGUCUGCAGUCUGCAGUACAUCUAAAAAGGUGUGGAAAAAAACUGUAAAGCCUACAGCACAAAUAAACACUGAUCAAGAGACAGCAGAAGAUCACCAUGAUUGCUCAGAUUUGGAGGAGGAAGGUGAGAUCCAGCUUGAGAUGGUGGAGAUGAAAUUAGGAACUCUUGACCUCAGGGAGUUUGAAAUCCAACCCUCCAGACACAGAAGGAGGAGGAGAAGAAAGAAGGAGGAGCCCAAAAAGGAUGAUCAAGAUGUGAGUGACAUAGAAGCAGACAAACAAGACGAGGAAGUGCCAGAAGCUACACCAGCAGACAGUACGCCUCAGGAGACGCAGUCAAAGAACAAGAGGCAGAGGAAAACACAGAGUAAGAAACAAAUGGAAGAAACUGUGAAUGAUUCGUGGGAGUACAGUGUAAGCGAUGCACUCUUUACAGCCUGCAAGGUUGGAGAUGUGGACACUCUGUGUAGCCUCCUCCAUCUAUCUGGAGAGACUCAAGAGCAGCCAGAAAGCAACACUUCUGAUGCCCCUAAUCCUCUUACUCUCCUUAAUAAGCCCAUAGACUCAUCAGGGUUCACUUUGCUGCAUGUUGCUUCAGCAGCUGCACAAAAGGCAGUAGUCAGGUUGCUCCUGAAUGCAGGAGCAGACCCAGCCCUCAGGGAUAACAAAGGGCAGACCCCAUAUAUUGUUGGCCCUGACAAAGACACUAGGAACGUUUUUCGUAAAUACAUGGGCGAGAAUCCAGACAGAUAUGACUACAAUAAGGCACAGGUAAGUAAGAGGCUUACAAUCGAAAUUUUGAUAUGUAUCAUGUUAAAGAUACUAUUUAUAAUACAAGUUGAUCAUUUCCACACUUGCACACAUGUACAACUCAAGGUUCCAGGACCACUAACGGCAGAGAUUGAAUCCAAAAAGACGGAGAAGAAAAAGGCUCAGAAGGCAGUAAAAAAACAGCGAGAAAAAGAGCAGAAGGAGGAGAAGAGAAAACACGAGUUGGAGGUGGAGGAAAAGAAGAGGUUUGCAUCUCUCACAGAUCGUGAAAAGAGAGCUUUGGCGGCAGAGAGGAGGUUAGCAGAACAGAUCGCUACAGCAGGAGUCAGCCUCUCUAACGUCAAGAGAUGCUGGCUAUGUGGGGAAUCUCUGCUUGGGAAGGUCCCAUUUCAGUACCUAGAUUAUUCGUUCUGCACCCCCAAAUGUGUCCAAGCACAUAGAAAAUCCAAUACUCAUCCAGGCAAGACCUAACACCCACAU